UGCUCAGCAAUCUCUUCCAGCCAACCUUUGGGUAAAGAAGAGGAACAAAUUAGCAGGGGGUGGGCGCAGCAACCAGCAAAUACAAUAAACAUAAUUAUAAAUAUACAUACAUUUACUUACAUAAAUAGAUACAUAAACAAACAUUCUCUGCCAGUCAACCUUCGGGAAAAAUUGAAAGAUAGGUAUCUAUCAUAGCGAUAAAUGUAAGUAUGAAACAAAAAUAAAAUAAAUAAAAUUAUAUAUAUUAUUAUAUACAUAAAUAUACAUACAUUUUUAACUUUGGUGCUAUUAUUUGAUUGUUAUUUGGUGCUAUUAUAUAAUUGUAUACAUUCUAUCACAAAGUGAUAGAGAUAUAUAAACCUUAUAGCUCAUAAACCUGCAAAAAUAUUUUACUGGCGAUUUAACGCAUUCUUUAGUAUGAAAACUAUGAAACUAUUUAGUCCAUAUUCAAUAAAUUCAAAAGUUAAUAGAUUAGCGCUCUUAAAAAAAUAAAGCAUACUUUAAGCUAAAGAAAUUUUUUGUCACUUUCGCACUUAACAAAAUUUUACAUUUGACAGAACGAGAAAAAAUACUUUAUAUAUUUUUGAAGAAUAACAGGGUAGAUUCUUAUAUUUUUUAUUACUUAUUUGUUAAAAUAAAGUUUUAGAAGUUGUACUCAUUCAUAGGUAUUCAAUAAAAGCCGAACAAGUUGUUUAAUUUUUAAUAUUUUUAAUUUCGCAGCGUUAAAUUAACGUUUUAUAGAGUUGGCAGUUUAUUAUACUAAAUUAAUUUGCUUACUUGUCAUCUCGAUAACGUCGGAUUAAUGGCCUCUCGCCACGCCUGUGUGGAAGGUAAUUUUGUUAUGCGUUUCGUUAAAAUUGUUAUCGGCUUUUUAAUUCGAAUUAUCGUCAAACUCAUUUCUGAUGGUUCAACAAGUAAGUUUUGUUCGGAUUUCGCGCUUAAACUUGAUUUAAAACACGUAUAUGUGUUCUUGUCUGACUAUUUCAGCAUUUUAUUUAAUUAGUUGCUCAUUUUUUAUUAAUCUUAAUUAAAAACAUGUAAAAGGUUAACUUGAAGCUAUGUAAAUGUAUUUGCAAAAUGUAUUUUUAGUAGCAAACGCAGUUAUUUCAUUAAAGCAGUUAUUGAAAUUUUUUCAGAACAAUCGUAGACAAUUUGCAAAGACAUUUUUCCUAUUUUGUUUCAGGUUCUGUAUAAUUAAUAAUAAUUGGUAAAUCUACAAAAAAUAUAUUGUAAGUCAAUGUCCCUACAUUAACAUCCUAUCUAUAUAAAAUAGAUAUGUAAUCUAAGACAACAAUACGCUGUUUAUUGUUACAACAGCUGCUAAAGUCAAUACAAAACUCGAAAUACCGCUCUGUAGGAUUUGCUAAACGCUCCGAUGAAAAAAACUGCUUUUUGCCAUCCAACUAAACUGCAAGAAGCUACCGACUUUCCGAUUUCAUUAUUGGAAUCUUUUGUUGUUAACCCUCCGAUGCGUACCGGGUCCAUUCGGCCCAAGCUUCUUUAUCCGCUCCAUUGUACCAUUACCGAGAUUAUCCCAUCCUAAAAUCCUAAUUACCUGUUUUGCUAUAGUAAAAAAUAUGCAAUUUCGUUUAGAAGUGACCGACAGACAAACGCGGGGUGAGAAAUCUGCUACUGUACGUUUUUGAGUUGUCUUUUUGGUAUUGACGCAAACAAUGUUAAGUAUUCAAUGUUGUUCUGGGAAAGAGGGUGUUUAGCUCGCGUCCGUGGACACACCCUGUUUUUGUCGGUACCUAUUCUAAUCGUACGUUAAUUUUAUCUAAAAAUACUAAUUUAUUAUAUUUCCCUCGUGUACUUACCUGUUUGUAAAUAAAUUUAAAAAAUAUAAUUAAAAUUCCUAGACCAACUCGCUACUCUUUCUAUGGUUUACACUAAGUAAAUUAACAGUAUACUUACGAACAAAUAUAAUAAAAAUCACAAUUCACACGAAAACAACCUAUAUUGUUGCGCUACAUUUUAAAUCAAUUAAGCAUUUGUCAUGAAUGGCCCUUGAAGUAAUAGCCGUUUAGUUUUAAAUUUACAAGUAUCAGAACAAUAGGCAUUACGCGCAAAACUCUAGUGCUUAUGGCUUUGUGCGAAAAAGAUGUCAGUUUCGGCCGUAGCUGCAUUUUGCUGCUUACAUUUUACGAUUGUUCUUUAUCGAUUCUAUUCUUACUUGUUUCUUUUAUUUGAAGAGCUCUUAAAAAACCGCGACAACGCUGUACUUGAGAUGGUCUCACGGUACGCUGUGUGAAAUGUCCUUUUUAAUAUUCUUUUAUGGUGCCAAAUUUCCUUUUGAUUUGUUAUGUUUAUUGUUACAGGAAUUAUGAGAAAAUAAAUAUUGGAGAAAUCAUGGAAAUGCAGUCAUUGCCGGCAUCUUCAAGCCGCAUCCUUUACGACGUGCCCUGCGCUGUUUGCCGCGACCACUCCUCCGGCAAGCACUAUGGUGUGUUCGCGUGCGACGGCUGCGCAGGAUUCUUCAAGCGGUCAGUCAGACGCGACCGACGGUACACAUGCAAGGCGCGCGCGCCGGGCGUCUGCCUCGUGGACAAGGCACAUCGGAACCAAUGCCGCGCCUGCAGACUCGCCAAGUGUAUCGACGCUGGCAUGAACAAGGAUGCGGUGCAACAUGAAAGAGGCCCAAGAAACUCAACGAUAAGACGUCAAAUGGCAUUGUUUCUCAAAGAUCCAGCGACGCCUCCAGCUUUAGACCUGGCCUUGCCGAAGCACACUAUAAUGCCUCCACCACCAAUGAUGUUUCACAGUCCUUACCCAUUUACUAGAAUUAGUCUAUCGACCCCACCUUUAAUGCCAUGUCCAAUAAAGAUCCCUUCGCCCCCUCCGAUCACAACCACGUUGUUGACCCAUACAGAACCUGAAGCGAUGUGCGAAGCCGCUGCGAGACUCUUAUUUAUGAACGUUAAGUGGACCAAGAAUGUCCCAGCUUUCUCCACAUUAUCGCUACCUGAUAGACUACUUUUAUUAGAAGAAUCUUGGAGAGACUUAUUUGUGAUCGGGUGUGCACAGUUCCUUUACCCUUUGAAUUUGAAAAUACUAGUCGAUGGGAAAAAUCCUAGAGUUGAUAUGAAAGAAGUGGAGGAAUACGAGAUGGUGUUGUCUGAAGUAGCAAGGGCACGCCCUGACAGCAACGAGUACGCGUGCCUCCGAGCAAUAGUCCUAUUCCGAACUAGUUUCGGGGAGAAGAGUGGGGGAGGCAGCCCUGGACAGGAAUUCAGGAGGAUCCAGGAUCUGCCGGCCGUGGCGGCGCUGCAGGAUCACUCCCAUAUGGUUCUUAAUGAGUACACAGCCAGAGCAUACCCCUUAGAAGCGUCCCGCUGCGGCCAGCUUCUGCAACUGUUGCCCAGCAUCCGAAGAGUUUCCUCUGUUACCAUUGUGGAGCUGUUCUUCAGAGCUACCAUUGGAGACAUACCCAUUGAGAGGAUCAUUGGAGACAUGUACCGAACAGGGAAAGACACGGUCUCCUAGAUAUUAAUAUAAAUGACGUGCGUUUAAAAACUUCAUCACUACCAAUAUUUAUGGUACCACGGACGAAAUAUAAAGAAGAACCCUGUGUAUAAUUAUAUGCACUGCUACAAUGAAAUGCGCACAGUACGAAUGUAAAAAAAACAGGGCUUAUCUAUUAUUUUAUAUAAUUGCCGUACCUCCUCGCUGCUCCGUCUGCCUCAGCCUAUUACGAGUAUAUACAACAUUUGUCUCCUCUUUACGUUUGCUUCGAAAUCGUGUGUCAACUCGCUACCCGGUCGAGUGCAUAGCAUUACAAUUAUCUCAUUCAUACUAAUGGCCACAAAAAGUGAUAUUCUUGCCUUAUAAUUUGUUAAAUACAUAAUGAUACAACGCAAUUUGCAAAAUAUACGAUUCACUAUGUAAAAAUUGUAUAAUUUAUGUUAAACUUUUUUCAAGUGAGUUUCAUGUAGGGGCAUGAGCGUAGGGUAUGAGUAAUGAGAGUAAUAGGUGUAUGAUAUGAACGACUUUGUAAAGUAUAUUUUUUGUUUUUAGGUAUAUUUAAGUUUCUAGUCAACUCUGGUUUAGACAACAUUAUAAUAAUAGGUACCAAUUUUCCAUAACCCAUACCAUUUAUUUAUCAUUCCAUUAAUUAUACAAAUAUAGUUUCACUAUUAUUACGUAAAAACUUAAUGAUAAAUAGACAUAAGGUGCUAAAUAACUGUAUUUGUUAAUAGUUGUAUUUUUUGUGAAAAUUAUAUUAAAUUAAUAUUGAUUAGAGUUACUCUUAAUUCACGGACUAUUUAAGGUAAAUUGAAAUGUAUAUAAGAAACUUGGUACGGAUUACACCAUGUUUGUAACCUGGAAUCUUCCAAUUUAUACUUAUUACAUAUAUAAUUAUGUAAGUACAUAAAGACUGUAAAUAAAUCAAUCAGCAUAUGAAAUAA